GAUAUAUAUAUAUAUAGGCAAGGAAACCUGUACUCUCGGUGUCAGCCUUGGUACACGUCCUCUAGCAGACAUGUUGUUUCAAAGAUCUGCGGUGGUGGUGGUGGUGACGUUGAUAAUGACUGCAGCGGCAGAAGUCAGCAGCACAGUUGAUAAACCAGGAUGGGAGCCACGCUUCCUUGGGCAAACCAAGUUGAAGCACGCGGCCUUCAUGGAAGCUUACUUCUCCGAGGACGACUCGCUGGAGUACGAAGAUAGAUGGAACCUCUACAUCUCUAGCUUCGACCCUCUGGGCGGGCUGGAUGAGGUGUACAUCACGAGAGCUCCAGGGAGAUACCUCUCAGAUGUAGCCUCCUGGAACCUGGAAGUGAUGGACAAGUCGGCCUACUGGCCCAAUAAUCCUGACUACCUUCCCAGUUCGAUCGGAGGCGCCGAGGGAGUGAUCUGGACGUCAGGGUUCCUGGUGACCGGCAAGACUGACGGUCAACUACAGAUGUAUGACACAACUCAGGACCCAGUCAUUGGUCCAUCAAACAUUCUGAAAAACAUGGUUUUGGUGGCUUCAACUAUUAAGAUGCAUGUCUAUACUCUGGCCUUGUCAGCAAUCAAAGUAGAUUGUCCUGCUAAGACACGGUUCACUAAGCACGACCUGGUGUGGUUCGAGAACGCUGGGGAGGGAUUCAGCGAGGGCUGGACCGCCCACGUGGUAGCCACUAAUGGUCCAGAUGUGCAUUUUGCCACGGUCACCCUCAGCGCCGGCGGCCGCGACUUUGACUGUGUGGUGGUGGGAGAGUUCUUCAAGGAGCGCACCUCCAUCUACUGGACCGAGAGUGACACCAACGACUGGACGGACCUCUCCAAGGUCAAGUCUCGGGUCAUUAACGCAGACGCUGGCCAGGUCUUCGACGUGUUGGUGGAUGACUUCAAUCGCGACGGAACGUUGGAAUUUAUCGCCUCUGAGUACAAGACUGACCUUGGAGUCGGACAAGUCACCUUGUACCAAUUCCCUGAAGAUUUCAGGACAGACGAGUUUCCCCAGAUUGUGAUAGCUGACGGCUUCCAGCCUCACAACAUGCUGGUGGGUCAGUCUAUGUCACCCGGCUCACCCAAAGUCUACUACCCGACCACCGAGUACGCCAACGACUUGGCUGAGGACGGCUUACCGCACAAGCCCUUCAUCCUGCUGUCGGGGGAUGAUGAUGGUUGCAUGUACAUCUUGUAUCCUGACACUGAGGAGAGGGAUGAUUGGACGUACCAGAAGCACAUCUUGGUUAACACAACCCACACCACCUCGGGCAAGAUGGCUCACGGAGACUUCAAUAACGACGGCUAUGAGGAUGUUGUAGUAGCAGGAUACACUGCUGGCCAACUCUAUGUAUACACCUAUGCUCCCUAGCUGUAUGUUUACACUUAUGCUUCCUAGCUGUAUGUUUACACUUUUGCUCCCUAGCUGUAUGUUUACACUUAUGCUCCCUAGCUGUAUGUUUACACUUAUGCUUCCUAGCUGUAUGUUUACACUUAUGCUUCCUAGCUGUAUGUUUACACUUUUGCUCCCUAGCUGUAUGUUUACACUUAUGCUUCCUAGCUGUAUGUUUACACUUAUGCUUCCUAGCUGUAUGUUUACACUUUUGCUCCCUAGCUGUAUGUUUACACUUAUGCUUCCUAGCUGUAUGUUUACACUUAUGCUUCCUAGCUGUAUGAAGGUUUACACUUACACCCCGUAAGUGUGAGUAGAUCCUAGGAAGGCCUCCCCACAACACAUACGCUGAGAACUCAUUACAAAAAAAAUCACUUAUGAUAAGCAUUUAGGAUUAUCUUCAGCGUGCGAACGUCUUUGCCGUUGAUGUAUGGCUGUAUGAAGGUUUACACUUACACCCCGUAAGUGUGAGUAGAUCCUAGGAAGGCCUCCCCACAACACAUACGCUGAGAACUCAUUACAAAAAAAAUCACUUAUGAUAAGCAUUUAGGAUUAUCUUCAGCGUGCGAACGUCUUUGCCGUUGAUGAUUUAGUGCAAAAUAAACCUAUGUGACUUUCUUAUGUGAUUUACUUCAGCAACACACGACUGAAAAAAAAGAUUAUGUAAAUCUUUUCAGUAAACACCAACGAAAAUCU